AUGGGUAGUGUGAAAACUUUUGCUUUAUUCUAUUUUGCAGCCCUUCUCCUAGUUGUUGUUCAUGUGGACAAGAUAGAUGCCCAGAGACGCCGCCCUCCACUAUGUGCUUCACAGUUUUCCCUUGCAAACUAUGCCUGUGGCAGUCUGCCAUUCAUGCAACUGCCACCACCUUCCUCUCUUCCUCCAGCAACUCUCUCUAUGAAGUCCUCCUCUAAUCCGCCCCCUCCGCCGACAUCUCCAACAUCUUCUCCUUCCCCACCUGGUCAAGGUCGAGGAAGGCACAGGCAUGGGCGGGGCCACCAUCACCAUCAUAGAACCCCUAGUCCUGCAGAGCAGAAUUGUUGCAGGUGGCUGAAAGAGUUGGAUGGCGAAUGCGUGUGUGACGUGUUGGUUCGUUUACCGCCUUUCCUGGCAAAACCUUCUCACAAGUACACUCUCUAUGUCAAUGGCGCAUGCGUUAUUACUUACUCGUGCUCCGGCCGAAUUGUGCCUUAG